ACUUCCUGACCCGAGGCGAGGCCGGGCGCCUCACCCUCACCCGGUCUUUGUGCCGGGCGCCGGCGGCCAUUGUGUCCGGGUGGGGGAUGGAGGACCGGGCGCUCCCCCAUUGCCACUGCCACGUCCACUGGGGAAUUCAGAGAAAACCGGCGGCGUUUGUGGGGGGAGCCUGGCCGUCAGCCUUCCGGAAAGGGCCGGGGAUGGCCUUUCGGAAGCCACAUCGCCCAUCCGAGGCCGCUUCCUCAGCCUUCCUCCUCCCCCCGAAACCUUGAGCCCCAUUCAGAAGUCCCUGCAGGGUUUCGGAAGCCUCGCCCUGAGCUGGUCCUUUAAAAAACAGAAAGAAAGAAAAGGCCGGCCGCGGCGGCCGGGAGUUCUCCCGGCUCCCUGUAGGAGGCGGAGAGCCAGCGCCAAGGGGCGUGCAAGCGCGAGGGGGCUGGGCUCCCGGCUGGUAGGAGGCCGCCACUGCCCGAGCGGCCGCCCUCGAUCCCGGCGAUGGAGGAGGAAGCCAGCGAGGGGGCCGGCUCCUGAGCGGCGCGGUUCCGGUGUCGCCCGCGGGGCUCCCAGCCAGCCGGGUCGCAUGAGCCCUCCGGCCGGGGCUGUUUUUAUUGCCAGCCGUCGCGAGGCCGGCUGAGUUACCGGCAUCCCGGCCGCCGCCGCCGCCGCCUCUGGCGACCUAUGAUACAAAAGAUCUACCGGGGGCUGCACCUGCCCGCCGCCGGCAGCCGCCGGAGACGGAUUUGAAUAAGCUCGGUCGCUCCCUUCGGAACCUUAUCUUGCCUUUGGAUCUCAGCAGAGAACCACUAAGCGGAAAGCAGCCGCAGUGAGAGAGAGCAGGUGUUUUGGACAAUGGACAGGUGGAGCUCAUCCCUAUUAUAAAAAAAAAAAAAAUGUCUCAGAACAACCGGGAGCUGGUGGUGGACUUUCUGUCCUACAAGCUCUCCCAGAAAGGAUACAAUUGGAGUCAGUUCAGUGAUGUGGAGGAGAACAGGACUGGGGCCUCUGAAGGGCCUGAAGCAGAGCUGGAGACCCCCAGUGCCCUCAAUGGCAACCCCUCCUGGCGCCGGGCAGACAGCCCUGCGGUGAAUGGAGCCACUGGCCACAGCAGCAGCCUGGAUGCCCGGGAGGUGAUCCCCAUGACCUCCGUGAAACAAGCUCUGCGGGAGGCCGGCGAUGAGUUUGAACUGCGCUACCGGCGGGCAUUCAGUGACCUGACGUCCCAGCUCCACAUCACCCCAGGGACAGCGUAUCAGAGCUUUGAGCAGGACACUUUCGUGGGACUCUAUGGGAACAAUGCUGCAGCUGAGAGCCGGAAGGGCCAGGAGCGCUUCAACCGCUGGUUCCUGACGGGCAUGACUGUGGCUGGUGUGGUUCUGCUGGGCUCGCUCUUCAGCCGGAAAUGACCAGACACUGACAGCCCUUUCCCCUCAGCGCCCCUCCAUUCCAUCACCAUUGCCACCAGGAGAACCACUACAUGCCACCCUCGCCUGCCCACCCACCACAGGGCAGGGCUUCCACCUGGUCCCCCCACAGUUAACUUUUCUAGAAUAUCCCACGCUUCUGUGAGGGCCACCUUUCCCCACACUUCAGUUUUCCUGCCUCAAAACCUACAGCUUCUCUGUGGAAGCUGCCAGGUGUGGGCAGGUGUUGUGGCCGGGGACAAGAGAGCCCUGCUGCUCGAUAGGCCCCUCAGCCCCUAGCCUCCCAAGACUGCUGUCUGCCAGGGAGCUGGAAAGCUUCCUCACUCUCUUCCCGGAAAGAAAGACUAGAUUGCCUCCUUGUGAUGUCUGUGGCCUCGGAACUGACCAU